UCUGGGCAAAGCGUCACUUAGCAACUUCCAGACAUAUAGAUUAUUCAUGAGGUGACGUCACCACGCACGGCACGUUCUUCUACAGGUGUGUGACAUCAGUACGGGUGAGGCAGGUUUGAACGACACAGAAAAAGGAUUACCGUCUGUAUUAUGUCCAUCCUUCAAGCUGUUCUUCACUAAGCUCUGCUUAUUUCCUUCCAGCAGUGUUUUACCAGUAUCGUAACAGGACUUGUUCAUGAAGCAAUGCCCCGGCCCCAUCCUGUGGCUGUUCCUCAUGGCCAGGAAUCCCCCCCUGCUCCGCUUCCUUUCCCACGUCGCAAUUCACCACAUGAAACAUUAAGUCAUUCAAAUUCCCAGCGUAGGAGUCCUGCAGAAGACAUUACUUUUAUUUCAGGGUCUGCUGAGACCCCACCAGAGGACCAGCCUUGUUGUCCAUCGCUCUCUCGGGCUUGGGCAGCUUACAAAGCUGUACUGUGUUAUGUGGUGUCCUGCAGUUGCCGUCCACAGAAAGAUCCUGAAAUAUACCUUCCCUGUCCUGUAGAGAGCUCAGCUGGUCCCUCUUCAAAUGGUCAUCCUGCCAGUAGCCCCCAUCCUCCCCGUGUUGCUGACAGAGGCAAAAAAACAGCUCUUGGAAAUAGUUUUAGUUAUCCAGACCUUAAAUUAAUGGGUGUGCCUGUGUAUAAUAGGCCGACCGGUGCCAUAGACAUAGAACCCAUUAGAGAGCCCCCUGCUCAAUUGCAACCACCAUUGUCCCGCAGUUCUACCAAGGACUACUACUCAUUGCGGGAGUCGGAUCCAGAGUUGCCCCGGUUGAGUGGCUCCAUGUCCAGUGCGGAGAUUGAUGAACUUAUCUGGCAAAAGCUAACAGAGUUGUUUAGCCUCCACCAGAUUGAUGAACUAGCAAGAUGCACCUCUGAGACAGUUUUUCUAGAAAAGAGCAGCAAAAUUACCGAACUAAUCAGUAGCCUGACACAGGACUACCAGCUGGAAGAGCAAGAUGCAGAGUGUCGGCUGGUGCGGGGUAUUAUACGCAUCAGCACCCGCAAAGAACGCAAACGUGGACCUCUCAGCCGUGGUGGAGAUAAAGGAAGCAGUGGGCAACAGCAUCAAAGCCAGAAUGGUGGCAAAACUCCAGACAGUGGCAAUGAAAGCAUGAAGGAAUCCGGACUGACCAGCCAAGAUGAUCUGGAUGUAAAGAUUUCACAAAUGACAACUGCAGAUCUCAUAGCACGAAACAUGAGGCGAUACAGUGCACCAGGAUCUACGUUACAAAAAGAGGAUUCCUUGCCAGACACAGAAACAGACUCUUCGGGCACUCCACUAUUGAAGGUUUACUGUUGACAGAAGACUGAUCCCUAUAUAAGCUGAUCAUCAGGUGUCAUGGCAUGUUUUUGGCCAAUAUAGAAUCAUCAUUAUAAAACAAUUUACUUAAGAUAAGUGAACAACACUUACAUGCCAGUCAUGCCCUGUCUAGGCUCAAGAUGGAUUCCCAGAUGAAAGUGGGGUUUUUUGUUUCACAAGGAUGGUUUUGGCCAAGUUUGGACUAUCUUAUGUAUAUGGUGAAGUUUUUAAUAGUCUAUGUAGGAUUCAGUAAAAGGCUAUGUACACCUUUGCAAACACUUUCUAGAUUGUCCCAAUAAAUGAAAAUCAGAGUAGGGUUAUCUACCAUUUUAUUUUUAUUCAACAGCUCCUAUGCAGACAAAGAAUAUCUAUGGUAUCAGGUUGCCGACACAUUGGCCCAGAUUUAUCAAUUUGACUAAAACCUGGUUUGAGGCAGAUUGAUAAACAUUGGCCAUUGUGCAGUGUGAGCUUGCAGUCUCUACUAAGAUUAGCCUGAAGCAGGGCCGGACUAGCCAUCCGGAACACGAGUGACGUCAUCAUGCACCAGAGCACAGAGCAGAGGAGAAAGGCCACGCAGCGGGCUGCGUGGGAGCCAGGUGUUUUUUUCAAGCCGGGGGUGCUGCUACUUCUACCACCUAAAGGUGACGACUACUGCUACCAUCUGAAGGGGGCUUCCACUACUAAUCCUACCUCCUAAAGAGGGAUUCCACUACUACUACCUAAAGGAGGCUACCACUACCAAUACUUUCUACUAAGGUUAGCCAGAUGGGUAUGAUAAAAGGAAAUUUGAGUGCAUGAUCAGAGUAUACAGUGUUUGUUCAUUGUUACCAUGGACAUGCAAUGUCUGCAUUGGAGUCUAAAAUGAAAACUGGGAAAUUUCCAACUGGGACCUGCUGAAAAUUUUUCAUUUAAAAUUUAAUGGGACACCAUCUUGUUUGCGUGCUUUAUAUUUCUUAAAUGUUACAUGUAAACAUCAGAAGGUGAAGCUGUGAAUUAUCUGCAUGUGUAUAUAAUUGUAUAAUAAGUGUAAUUAGGAGAUUUUGUCCAACAAGAGGCAUUAGGUUGGACUUUUAGGUACCUACUACUUCUUGGUCAAUAAAAUGUUAGCUGAACUAGUUGAUGCAUAAUCCGAAAGGAUUUUUACAUCAAUUUUCUUAGAACAAUAAAAGUUUUUGUAUUUUGUUUAAGCCAUACUCUCACUAUUGCCAAAAUACGAGGGUGUAGGUCAUAUUGUGGCCUAACUGUAGUAAUUAGAGUACAUUGGUCCCCAGUUUUAGCCCUUGACCGCUGAAAGAGGUUUUAGGGUUCGUUUACACGUGCAUAUUUUGAUGCAGAUUUUCUGCAGCUGACUUUGCCACCUGUUGACUUCAAUGAGCAGCAAAAUAUGCACAUGUAAACAUACUCUUAAAGGGCUUGUCAGUUGAAAGAAACAACCUGUGUCUGUUGUCAAAAUGAAGAAUAAUAAUGCAGCUUACUAAUAUGUUUUUAGCCAUACUGCAGAGAACUUUCAUAUUAGCUGUGCUGUCACGUCCUGUUACUAAAAGCAGCAGCUCAUUCUCUGCUUUCCCCUUACUUCCACUAGUGUCAGCACAGACCACGGUAUUGUAAAGGGGUGGCGGUAGGGUUUUACAGCUCAUUUGCCUUAUUGCUGCUGGUCUGUGCCUCUCCUGUCCUCAUGGCAGUUCAAGACAAUGCUAUGACAAAAAUGUGACUCUUGGAUGCCUUAUCUAAUUUGCCAUUAAAGCCAAGGAGCUGUAAAACCCUCCACCCACCUUCUCAAUACUGUGGUCUGUGCUGACGCCAGGAGUAGGGAAAGAGGACUGAGCUGCUGUUUCUGUGAAAGAAUGUGGAAGUUCUCUGUACUAUAGCUAAGAACCUUAUAUUAAUAAGUUGCAUUAGCAUACAUUUUGAUGCCAUACACAGACAACUCCUUUUAAAGGAGCAACACUACUUCUUCCUUUCAGAAACUACUCUUGUCACCGGCUGUGUGGUAUUGUAACUCGGGACAUUAUUUUAAGGUGCCUUGGAGACUAGUAAUUGAAAAAUGCUACCACAAAGUACGUGAUUAAGAAAUUUUGUUUGUUUUUUACUUUGUGUGUUAAUGUUACUAUUAUGUAAAUUCACACAAUAAAAUGUCAUUACCAUG